UCAGGAUUUACAGCUCCAGUUAAUUCUUCCUCAUCCUACAGGCAUUCCAAGGAAAGAAUGAUGUUGUCACACAAGAUUGCCUCAGAUCUCUGUUGGUUUCCUUGUCUGAAUGGAGGUCAAUGUGUGCACCCAGACUCAUGUGACUGCAGUUUAUAUCAAGCCACUGGUGCCAGAUGUCAAACAGUUCCCAACACCGGCUUUGAGAGGGAGAUGACAUGCCGUUCGUGGGGCCAGUAUAACUUUGAGACGUUUGAUGGUCUUUACUACUACUUCCCUGGGAGAUGCAGCUACACGUUGCUAAAGGAAUGCGAGUACAUCACAUCAUCCAGUAUCACUGUCCAGGUCCAUAACGACCCUGGUUGCCAAGGCUCCAGGUAUAACUGCACACGCUCUAUCAGUCUCUUCGUUCCUUCGGAAGGGGAGGUCAGGCUGAACCGCGAUACUGUCACCUUCAAUGGCCAACGUCUUGAACUGCCUCACCACAUCCAUGACCUGGAGCUGGAGCAUAUCGCCCACUAUGUUCUGGUGACCCGGCACGAAGGCUUCACUCUUGCCUGGGAUGGACACAGUGGCUCUGUCUACAUCAAACUCAGCCCAGAGUUUGUGGGAAGAACCUGUGGUUUGUGUGGCAACUUUAACGCUGACGUCCAAGAUGACCUCAAAACCAGCUACGGACUGGUGACUGCAGAAGUAGACAUGUUUGGAAACAGCUGGAUGGAGGCGAAGCCACACGAAGCAGUAUGUCUCCUCGUCAUUUCUGGCUUCCCCUCACCCUGUGCUGGGCUGGAUGAUCAUUUCUUGUUGAAAGUGGAAGAGGUGUGUGCUAUGCUGCUGGAGGAGCCUUUUCUGAGCUGCCAUGCGAUUGUCAGCCCUCUGCCCUACAUGGCCAGCUGCUCCAACGACCUCUGCCUGUCAAGUCCCAGUGGUGAUGUGGUAUGCCAGGUGUUCACAGAGUACGCCAGGGCCUGUGCCCACGCUGACUCCCCGCUUAACGACUGGAGGGAACACAUACCCCAGUGUGCGAAGCAGUGUCCCGCUGACUUGCAGUACAGGGAGUGCAUCAGCUGCUGUCCGGCCACCUGUAACGCAGAGCGCAUGUGCAUCGACAGCAAGCUGGUCUGUCUGGAUGGCUGCUACUGUCCUGCAGGUCUGAUUUAUGAGGAUGGACGCUGCGUGUCACCGUCUGACUGUCCGUGUGAGUACCACGGCAUGCUUUACCCUGGCGGACAAACGGUUCAGGAGGACUGCAACAACUGCACUUGUGUCGGGGGUGUGUGGAACUGUACAGAGUACACCUGUCCAGGAGAGUGCUCAGUGACUGGAGAUAUGUUCUUUCAAUCCUUCGACGGUCGGAUCUUCACCUUUCCAGCGACAUGCCAGUAUGUUCUGGCAAAGAGCAGCAGCUCAGGGAGGUUCACAGUCACCAUUCAGAAUACCCCAUGUGGACCUACUCUGGACGGGGCCUGCAUCCAAUCUGUGAGCCUGCUCUUUGACGAGGAUCCCAGAAGCCAAAUUACCCUGAGCCACCUCGGCGAAGUCUUCAGGGCAGGACAGUACCGCGUCUCUCUGCCCUACUCCGACGAGAUGUUCCAGAUCCAGGAGCUGUCCUCCAUGUUCCUGCAGGUGAGCACAACCCUGGGCUUGCAACUCCACUACAGCUGGAAGGAGUUCCGCCUCUACCUGCGCCUGGACGCAUCCUGGAAGGACGAUAGCCUUGGCCUGUGUGGCACCUUCAACGGCAACACUCAAGAUGACUUCUUGUCUCCGUCUGGGAUGAUCGAGAGCACGCCGCUGCUGUUUGGAGACUCCUGGAGGGUGCCCUCGGCCUGCACCCCCCUCCACAGCUCCCCCCAGCUGGACCCCUGUGAUACGCACCAACAAUCCGCGACCUAUGCCUCGGAGAUGUGCGACCUACUGAACCAGGAGGUGUUCUCUCCGUGCCACGAGUACAUCAGCCCCGCCCCCUUCCAGCGGCAGUGCCGCGCCGACACCUGUAAGUGUGGCACGCCCUGCCUGUGCUCCGCGCUGGCCCACUACGCACGCCACUGCCGCAAGUUCUCAGUCAUCGUCGAGUUCAGAUCCCACGUGCCGGAUUGUGCGGUUGAAUGCCCGGACACUAUGGAAUACGGGACAUGCGUGUCGUCAUGCCAACGCCGUUGCUCCACCCUAUCAUCCCCCCAUCAUUGUGGGGAGGAAUGUGAGGAAGGGUGCGUCUGCCCAUAUGGAACCUUCUACGACACCCACACACACGCCUGUGUGCCCCGGAGCCAGUGUCCUUGCAGUUUUCUGGGGACCGAUUAUGAGGCAGGGGAUGUGAUUAUAACAUCAGCAGGAGUUCAGAUCUGCCAGAACGGUAAACUGACUGCUCAGAAUACUGACAACGACAUGCUGUGUCCUCUGGGCCAGCUCUACCAGAACUGCUCUGAGGCAGAGGAUGGGCGUGUGGAAGGGAGAGGCGUGGCCUGUGAACAGACCUGCCAAUCCUCCCUUCUCAACCUCACCUGCUCAGCACAUGAACCCUGUGUGUCGGGCUGCACCUGCCCCCCUGGCUUCCUGAGGCAUGGAGACGAGUGUUUUCAACCUGAAUCCUGUCCUUGUCUGUGGAAGGGGAAGGAGUUCUACCCGGGAGACAGGGUCUCCUCACCCUGCCAUCAAUGUGUGUGCCAACACGGGACGUUCCAGUGUGUUACUCGCCCGUGCCCCUCCAUGUGCACGGCCUACGGAGACCGCCACUACAAGAGCUUUGACGGCCUGCUGUACGACUACAUCGGCGCGUGCAAAGUGUACCUCGUCAAGAGCAACAAUGCUGAUGUGGUGCUGAAUGUAAUGACUGAGAACGUGGACUGUUACAACGGCGGAGUCAUCUGUAGGAAGUCCCUGCUCAUCAACAUUGGCCGGUCCGUUGUGGCGUUUGAUGAUGACAGUGGAAGGCCGAACCCCUCCAGUGUGGUUGACAGGAGGCAGAGAAUGCUCGUCUGGACUGCAGGCUACUUCACUGUCAUCCACUUCCCUGAGGAGCACGUGACCGUCCUCUGGGACCAGAAGACCACUGUACAUGUCCAGGUUGGACCACAGUGGCAGGGCAAGCUGAGUGGGCUGUGUGGGAACUUUGACCUGAAGACAGUGAAUGAGAUGCGGACACCGGAAAACAUUGACUCCCCCACACCCCAGGAGUUUGGAAAUAGCUGGACGGCAGCCGAGUGUGUAAACAGUCCAGAUAUCAGAGGUCCCUGCAGCCUGAAUCCUCUAAGAGAGCCUUUUGCCAAGAGACAGUGUGGGGUGUUGCUCGGUGAAGUCUUCCAAUCCUGCCACCCGGUGGUUGACGUCAGCUGGUUCUACAUGAACUGCCUGGCGGACACGUGUGGCUGUACCCGUGGAGGCGACUGCGAGUGCUUCUGCUCCAGCGUAGCGGCCUACGCUCAGAGCUGCUGCCACCAGGGGGUGCCAGUAGACUGGCGGACCCCCGUCCUGUGCCCAUAUGAUUGUGAAUACUACAACAAAGUUCUAGGAAAGGGACCCUUCCAGUUGGUCACCUCCCUGAAACAGGGCACUGUGCUGGCAGCCAGUCGGUCCACUGGGCGAGUGUACCUCCAGGCAUCGAACCCCAGCUCCUCGGAUGUCCUCUCGCACUUCAUGAUGACGCCUGGGCUCAGCCGAUCCCGUCCACAUGACUCUUCACUAGUAUCGUUUGAGGCGGUGGACAGGCCAAACUACUUCCUGGAGGCCAGGCCACAGGGCAGCUUGAGGCUGACCAAGUGGAAGGAGAGUGAUGCAUUCUGGGAUGGAGCUACCUUUGUCCUCCACCGGGACACCUCGGUACCCGGCUACGACUCCCUGGAGUCCUUCUCCAAGAGGGGCUACUUCCUCCACGCCAGCCCCCCUAGGCUUCAGCUCCUCAAGCACCGCAACUGGCCGGCCUUCCGCAGGGGGGCUCUGUUCAAACUCACAGGUAAUGUUCCAGACAGCCCAGCGGUAGGUCCUCAGUGCCAGUGGCGGUAUGACUCCUGCGUCAGCCCCUGCUUUAAAACCUGCAGUGAUCCUUCUGGCACAGCCUGUGUCACUAUUCCAAAAGUGGAGGGCUGUCUUCCUGUGUGUCCCUCACAUAUGGUUCUGGACGAAGUCACACACCGAUGUGUACAUACAGAGGACUGCAUUAAGCCUGCAGUUGCUGUGCAGCCCAUAACACCGCCCAGCGCGGAGACAACACCUGCAGCUGUCACUUCUGAGGCUGCCAGCCACAGCUCCUCCGCCCCCUCGACCCCCUCCACCACCUCCACACCCGGCCCCAGCCGUCACCACGUCCCCCAUCACUACCACUACCACCACUACUUCAACCUCCUCCCGGUCAACCUCCACUCUACCCCCCAUCACUACCACUCCCUCCGCUGUGUACACCCCCUCAGUAUCCACCGUGUCCACCACCACCACCACCAGCGACACCACCUCCACCCGCACCUCCACUACUCCCUCCACAUCCACCCCCUCGACAAUAUCCACCACUUCUCCCAUUGCCACCACCAUCACCAUGUCCACCCGAUCCCCAUCUCCCAUUACCACCACCACCACCUCCUCCAUCUCCCCUGUCUCUCCAUCAACUAUUACCCCAGCCACCUCCUCCACAACAUCAAGCGCUCCAGACAAAGCUCCCACUACUCAUUGGCCAACUACUCGGCCUACCUCUGCUUCGCAAACUAUACAUGCCGCAUCAUCAAUCACCUCAACCACUGGCAUCUCUAUAAGCCCGCCACCUACCACUUCAGCUUCUCCACCCCAACUACUUCAACAACCACGCACCACCAAGAAAAAGACACCACCCGAGUGGCGUCAACCUUAACAUCCACACCAGCAACAACCACCACAACAAAGAGCACAACAGCAACAAAAACGUCAACGACACCGAGAGUCACGUCACCAACAAGCUUGCCCCCCGAGGUCACAACCACCAAAAGGACAACCAUGAGGGUUAGCACUGCAACCAGUUCUGCAACAGCGACCUCAAGUUCUGCAACAGCGACCUCAAGCUUAACCACGCCUGGUAUACCAACAACAACACCAAUCACCGGGACAACUGUAGUCCCAGUCGUCCCAUCGACAUCAACCCGGACUACCUCAGUGCCAGCCUCUACAGAGAGCGGAUUGGAGCAUGUCUUCCUAACCACGCCAGUUGCCAUCACCACCAGUACCACUCCAUCAGGUCCUGAUCCAGUUACCAGCACGACGACAGUCCAAACACCCACUGAUGUUCCCAUGGGAGUCACCAGGGGGUCGCCUCCUGUAACAUCUGUGAAGACCUCCACCACCAAAGAGACUGAGGCUGCCCCGGCCGCAGGAACAACUGUUACUCCUCAACCUCCUGCUGAGGUGGCCUCCAUUUGGAGCCCUGGUACUAGGCCCAGCAGCACAUCAACCCCAACAGAGACCUCAAGGCAUCCAACAGAACCUAGAGAACCUUCUGAAAGCACCACAUUAGGGUCAUCUUCAUCACCUGUGCCCAUUGCUCAGGGUUCCACCCUGGCAGCCACAAGGGCCACGGUGAAAGUCACAAGCUCUAUGGCAAUAUCCCCUACAAGGAUGUGCACUCCUCCCUAUUCGGAGUUCAUUGAUGAGUGCACCAAGUAUAUAUGUGUCAACAGUCAGCUGGUCCUGUUCAACAAAACGCAAAACUGUCCAUAUAACUCAUUGCCCCCAAACUGUGGUCUGCUGGGAUUUGCAAUAUUGGUAAAUGGAGACAAGUGCUGCCCAAAGUGGGACUGUCCCUGCCGUUGCUCAGUAUUCCCCGACCUGAACGUCAUCACGUUUGACGGGAACAGCGUAGCCAUCUACAAAGCAGCCUCAUACAUUGUCUCCCAGCUCCCCAAUGAGACAAUCAGCAUCCUGGUUCAGGAAUGCCCUUCUGACCCGGAUGCACUCCUUUGGAAUUUCACCAACCUGUGUCUUGUGGCACUGAACAUUAGCCACGGGUCGAACCACAUUAUUAUCAACAGACUUCAGAGAAGGCUCUAUGUCAACUCAAGGUACGCCAAGCCACGUUUUAGGAAGUUUGGCUUCGAGGUCCUGGACACAGGGAACAUGUAUCUGAUCCGGAGCCCGUCGGGUCUCAAACUCCAGUGGUUCCACAGCACCGGCAUGAUGGUGAUAGAGACAGAGAGCCCUGGAAACAGGCUCCCCACCAUGGGUCUCUGUGGCUAUUGCGACGGCGACCCAGCCAACGACCUGGCCCUGGCCAACGGCACCGUGGUGGGCGAGAGCGAGGACCCGGCACUGUUCAUCGACAGCUGGCAGGUUCCCAACACCACCAGCUACGUCAGUCACAGCCGCCGCCGCGAGGUCAACUGCUCCACCAGCGACUGCUCCGACUGCAUGGCGAUGCUGCAGGACAGCUCCUUCCUCCCCUGCCACGACUUUGUUCCUCCCAGCACAUUUUGUGAAAUGUGGGUGCGUGACGCAGAGUACGUCAACAACCGUUGUGUGGCUCUCGCUGCCUACGUUGCUUCCUGCCACAAAUUCAACAUCUGCAUCGAAUGGCGCAGUCAGGAAUACUGCCCCUUCACCUGCCCCGGGACCCUUCGCUACCAGGCAUGUGUACCGGCCUGCACGGCACAGUCCUGCCCCAACCAGGACUUUGAGUCGGAGCCAGGCCAGUGCUCAGGCCUUACCGAGGGCUGUGUGUGUCCUGAAGGCACCCUGCUUCACCGGCCCUACUCAGCACUCUGCAUACCCCCAGACAUGUGUGCAUGCACAGACAGCGCCGGUGUUCCCCGGGCCAACGGGGAGCUUUGGAAGGCGUCUAAAGAUGGCUGCUGCAUGUACCGCUGUGAGAACGAUGCCAUCAAGCCCGUGGAGUACAACUGCUCGGCUGUGGCUCUGCCUGUGUGCCAUCGAGCAGGGGAGGUGGUCAUCAGCCUGGCCGACGACAACAACUGCUGUCCCCAGAAGGCCUGUGUGUGUAACCAGAGUUUGUGCGCUGUGGACCCACCGCUAUGUCAUUACGGAGAGAAGCUUGUGUCGUACUUCAGACAGGACUCCUGCUGUCCCCACUACGUGUGUGAGUGUGAUUCUGAGCUGUGUGAGUCAGAGGUGCCAGUGUGUAGAGAGGACCAGUCCCUGAUCGCCACCAGAACUGACGGAAGCUGCUGCUUAACGCACAUCUGCAUGUGUAACGCUUGUCCAGAGAGCAUCCCAUUGUGUGAGGAGGGGGAGGUGCUAACGGUGGACGCCAACAGCACAGACCACUGCUGUCCUGACUAUCAGUGUGUCUGUGAGACUCACAGGUGUUCCCAGGUCAGCUGUCCUGUGGGGAUGUCUGUUUCACCUGUGUCAAGUCCAGAUCAGUGUUGCCCAAGCCACAACUGUGUGUGUUCCUGCGAGAAGAUCUCCGCCCCGAACUGUGCAAUGGGGGAGACCACACAACUGGACAGAGUCUUCCUCGCGGACCCAGUGAACCAGUGUGCCUGCAGAAGAUACCAAUGCGUGCGUGAGGCAGUGUGUGUGGACGGCGAGCGUGGCCUGAUGCGCCCGGGCCAGACGCUGGUGGAGCACAGCCCAGACGGUCUGUGCCGCAGCACCCAGUGCACCAGCAGCCUGGACCCCGCCACGGGCUACCACCGCCUCCGCACCCUCAGCACCAACUGCUCCGCCCGCUGCCAGCCGAACCAGCUGUACAUCGCCCCCAGAGACCAGACAUCAUGCUGUGGCGUGUGCAGGAACAUCUCCUGUCUCUACCGGGAUGAGAACGGCACGGUGGCGCUCCAUAAGCCGGGGAGGACCUGGGUGUCCAACUGCAAGAAGUAUGAGUGUGCAGACACACUGUCAGGCCCCACCCUCAUCUCAUACGCCUUCAGCUGCCCCCCCUUCAACGAGACAGAGUGCAUGAAGGUUGGAGGAAGUAUUCUAACUUACAUGGACGGAUGCUGCAGGACAUGUUCUGGAUUCUCUCUCUACCCAUUCCCCGUUAGUCCCUUGACACCUACAGUUAACACAAACUGUGAACGAGGCAAAGAAGAUGGAAAGUCGUGUCAGAGGGUGACGGUGAGAAUGACCAUCAGGAAGAACGAUUGCCGCAGCAACAGGCCGGUCAACAUCGUGUCCUGCGACGGCAAGUGUCCCUCGGCCAGCAUCUACAACUACAACAUCAACACGUACGCGCGCUUCUGCAAGUGCUGCCGGGAGAUGGCUCUCCAGCGCCGCUCGGUGCAGCUGUACUGCAGCGGGAACUCCACCUGGGUCAGCUACUCCAUCCAGGAGCCCACCGACUGCUCCUGUCAGUGGUCCUGAGGCACCGACCGCUAAACAUGGGCGUAGCCACACAUUACAUAGAGCACACUCACACACACACACACACACCGUACACAUCCCGAUCCCAUCGGCACACGCCAAACGUAUGCAUGCACACUUAUAACCGAUGAGACAUUCAAACAUACACACACACUCACACACGCACACACUGACACACACACACAAACACUGACAAACACGCACACACACACACACACACACUUGCAUACAGAGUAGCUGACAUUUAGUCGCACUGACACAUGGCAAUUAUCAAACCAGUGCACAGAACAUAGACGGUCUCAUGCAGGCACAUCUGUUUUUGUUAAUUGUCGGAUACAUAUGUAACCAAUAGUUUGCACACAAACACACACACACACAUUCACGGAGAACCAUACACAGGUGAAACUUUCUGGGCAGGCAACGUUGUAGGCCAUAAUGAUUUCAGCAUUCCAUGGUGCAUUCAUUAUUCAUAAUUCAUUAUGUGAUACAUUUUAAACAUUAUUUUUCUUUUCUUUUUUAUUGUUUUCUCACUACACUUUUGUGAAACAUGAAGCAUGUUUCCGGAUGCGACGGUUUAGGUUGAUGUGUGGAGUGUUUGAAUGCAAAGAGUUACUGAAGGAUGUAUAAAGGUACAAGAGCCACAGUGGGACGUGCUCAGAGGGGUUGAACCCACGGUAUAGGAAUUAGACUAGUCUAUAAACGAGUCAAGCCUUUUCUUUUCUGUUUACCAUAACACCUGACAUACGAUGCUUAUCCGAAGUACCACUUAUCCAGGGUACACAACCACAACUAAUGCGGUUUGGUAUAGUAGGAAUGGAACUUUAACAUGAGGGGUGGCCUGGACAACAUUACUAGGGUUGUCCAGAGUUAAUGGGGAGUGUUAAUGGGGAGUGUUAAUAGAUUACUUCCCUUGUGAACAAUUAAGCAAUUUGAAAGGCAGCGGCUAAACAUAGACAUGAUUAUCUUCUCCACCUAUUGCACUUGAUUGAUUAAUGCGUAUUUAUUGGAAGGCUUUGAUAUAUAAUAUAAAGGGAAAAAAUGAAUUAUCUAUUGGUACGAAUCUCCAGGUUGGGAACUAACAAUCGGAACAUAAAACCCUCAAUUCAACACUUCAACAAAACAGAAGAAUCAGCUCUUCUACUUUGAGGACAACAGCAGUUUUCUAAUGUGUGGUUUAAUAGAUUUAAUAAUUUGUGAAUGUUAUUAUCAAACUAAAUUAGUGAUAGUGAUAAUAUGUGUAGGAUAUUAGUCCACCAGGUGAGCAGACCUUAAAACAGAUAGGUCAUGCAAUUAAAAAUAUAGAAAAUUGUUUUAACACUAUGAAAAAGAGUUCAAUUGUGCUUUGUUUGUAUAUAAGUAUAUUACUAUUCUUUGCGAAGAAAAAAGUUUUUGGCAUUAUUACAUUUCAUUUACCUUAAAAAAAAAAGGAGGAAAUAACUAUAUAUACCCAGUGAGAUUCUUUAACCAAUACAAUCAAAGACGGGGAGGUGUUGCUUGGAUGAUUCAAAUCAAACUGUAUGUGGAGCACUUUAUUUAUUUAUUUGAGUAUAACAAAGCACAAGUUUCUUGAUUUCAUCUUUGAUGAAUUUCAUCCAUGAUUAAAUCAACACAUUUGCAAGCGUUCAGGACCCAUAAUCCGAUUGAGAUAAAAUUUUGACAAAAACACAGUGACCAAUAUAGAUUUGACCUUUAAUCUCUCAUAAUGUUGCUGGGGGUAAUAGCACUAAAACAAGUUAGCUCUUCUAAAAUAAAUAUCUUGGAAGUUGUAUCACAGUGUAAUAGAGACGGACGGAUAUGUACAAUCCUUCAUGUUAUAUCUAAAGCAAUUAUUUUCAUGCAUUAUCUACAUCUGUUGUUGAACUUUAUAAACAACCACGGAAGCACAUUAGCUGAAUUGAGGUGAGAUUUGUACCAUACAAAUGUACAUUUGCAUUUUCAAUAAA